AUGGAGCAACCCUCGUAUUUAGUAGACAAUUCUUGUGCCGAAAUUCUUGAACAUCCAGAUAGAAUAUUUAAUGUUGAUGAAACUUCAUUUUGCGUCAAUCCAAAAUUGGGUAAAGUUCUUGCAAAACGCGGAGCGAAUAACGUGUAUCGCUUAAGUAUUGGUAGUGAAAAAGAUUGCUAUACCGCACUCAUUGGUGGUAAUGCUGCUGGACAGUCAACUCCACCUUUGUUAGUUUUUGCUGGCAAACGUUUGCCAAAUCAGAUAAAUACAUAUUUACCAAGCGAGUGGCAAUCGGGUGUGUCUGAAUCUGGAUGGAUGAAUAGCGAUAUCUUUUAUGAAUACGUGACAAAUAAAUUUUAUCCAUGGAUGCAGCAGUUGAAAAUUCCGACACCAGUUAUUCUUUUUGUUGAUGGACAUACAAGUCAUCGAUCCUUGCGAUUGAGUGAAUUUUGUCUUGAAAAUCGCAUUAUAUUGGUUUCAUUGUUACCGAAUUCAACACACUUAUUGCAACCAAUGGAUGUAGUUGUUUUUGGACCCAUGAAACGUAAAUGGUCGACAAUGCUACAAAAUUUUAAACGGUCAAACAAUGAAAUGGGGCCAAUGCCUAAGCACACAUUUGUGAAGUUAUUGCAAAGUUGUUUGCAGGAAAUCGUAACACCAGGUACACUCAAAAGUUCGUUUCAAAAAACUGCUUUGUACCCGUUCAAUGCAAAUAACUUUGAUUAUUCACAAUUGCCAUUAAGUGAAAGCAAUUCCGAUGUACAACUGACUGAUACUUCCUUCAAAGCAAGCUUGGAACAAUUAAUUGAUUCAAUCUUACCAGGCAAAAUGGAAGAAUUCAAUAAUGCAGGUGAUUUGUGGACUGGUGAUACUGAUUCUAGUCACCUAUUCCUUCUAUGGAAAGCCGCACGUGGUGGUCUAACAAAUGAAGUAGAAGAAGCAGAAGUAGACGAAGAAGAAGGAGAAUAUGAACUGUUGGACGUCGUUGAUAAUCUUGAAAAUGAAAAUGAGCUGAACACAAGCGACACUAUUGUGUACGAGCCAAUCGCAACAAGUUCUUCGGCGAAUUCAUUACCAAUUCUGCAUCAAGAAGAUGCUGAGGACGAUUCAGAAGAUGAAGCAAAUCUAACUAGUGAAGUUAGAAAUAUGAUUGCAAGAGCACAACAAAAUGAAUCAUCUGAUGAAGAAAACCAACCAUCAAAUAUGAAUGUAAGCACCGUACAAAGUCGUCAUAAGUCAACGAAUCCAAUAAUUUCAUCACCACCGUAUAUUGCUGCAAUGAAACAUGUAAAGGAAAAGAAGGAAGCAGAAGAAAGACAAAAGAAAAUUCGCCGAGAAGCACGUUUAGAUAAGGCCAAACAAAAACUUGAAAAAAUGCAGCAAAACAUCGAUAAACUUCAAAAACAAGUUCACAACGACAAAAAAUAA